AUGGUACGAGCACCACCACCUGCCAACUGCCACUUCAAGAUCCGAGGGAGAACCCAACACACCAACAUCCACUCCCAACCAGCAAGAACCCCACCCAGCACACAAAAAAACAACCUCAGCCACACCAAGCCAGCCCCUGCCAGCCAGAUGGCCAAGAUGGUCACCAGCACCAACGGGCGACCAGCCGCCAAACGGGUCAUCUCCGAGUCAUCCUCCGAAGAGGAUACCCCCAUCGCCAAACGCUCGAAAUCGGAUUCCAAACCAGCCCUGCCAACCCCUAAUUCAGAACCCCCACCCACAUCAUCCGGCCUAUCUAGUGUGGAUGAGAACGAGCUGGACGAUGGAAAACCUGCAGUGGAUGAUGAUGAAGAAGAAGAAGACGAUGAGAUGGUCCACAGCAGCGAUGUCGACGACGAUGAUGACAAACCAAUCGUGAACUCAAACUACAAGCCGACCGUGGCGCCGAAACGAUCGAUCGACGAGAGCAGCGCUUCGACUACUCUCACAACAAACACAGAAGUCCCAACCACACAGGCUAUCAAACUACCCAAGAUCAAGAAAAACUCCCAGUCCCCCCAGAAAAAGAUCAAACCCGAACCCGAUUUAUCUUCCGACGACGACCAACCCCUGGUUUCUCGUCAACCCGGCCCCGCCACUGCUCCCAGCACGUCCAACAAACGGCGAGCCAGUGCGAAGGUGAAGAAAGAAGAAGAAUCCGAGUCGGAUGACGCGCAACCCUUGAUUCAAAGAAACACCCCUAAACCUAAGCCGACCAGAAACUUGAGAGGAGCCAAGAAAGCUGCCCCAAAGCCCGUCAAGUCACAACCAGCCAAGCCGAAGGGUAAGAAAGCUAAGAAAGAGGAGGAUGACGACGACGAGCUAGGAUAUCAAGAAGAGACGGAAGCUCAAGCUGCGGAGCGGUACAAAUUGUCGGAGCAUGAAAACAACAACGGCGUCAAGAAAUGGGACAAGCUCCAACAUAACGGCGUGCUCUUCCCUCCCGAAUACGAACCCCUUCCUGGCCACGUGAAGAUGAAGUACAACGGCAAGAACGUCGAUCUGCCUCCAGAAUCGGAGGAAGUCGCCUACUUCUUUGGCUCCAUGCUGAACAGCGAUCAUGUCCAGAAGGCUACUUUUCGCAACAACUUCUUUGAAGAUUGGCUAGAAGUAUUAAAGAAACAUCCACCUAGGGACGGUACGAAGAUUACCCAGUUCUCAAAGUGUGACUUCACGCCGAUGUUCGACUACGCCGUAGCUGAGCGAGAGAAAAACAAAAAAUUGACCGCCGAAGAAAAGCUGAAACUCCGCAAGAAAAAAAACGAGCUUGAGGAGAAAUACCGGACUUGUCUGCUGAACGGGAAAAAGGAGAAGGUCGGCGCCUUCCGCGUCGAACCGCCCGGCCUAUUUAGGGGUCGAGGUGAACAUCCGAAGACGGGCAAAUUGAAGAAACGAGUCACUGCCGAAGACAUUACUAUCAAUUGUGGGCCCGAAAGCAAAGUUCCUGAACCACCACCAGGGCACGAGUGGGCUGCCGUGGUACAUAUCAAUACAGCCUGUUGGUUGGCCUGUUGGAAUGAAAAUAUCAAUGGAAACACAAAGUACGUUUUCCUCGCCGCCGGAUCCUCGUUGGGCAGCCAGUCAGAUUUUAAAAAGUUUGAGAAAGCUCGAAAGCUUAAAGACUACAUCGUCGGGAUCCGGAAAGAUUACACAACCAAGCUCAAAGACCGGAUGAUGGCUGUCCGACAACGGGCGACGGCGAUGUACUUGAUCGACAACUUUGCGUUGCGAGCGGGUAACGAGAAGUCUACUGAAGACGAGGCCGACACCGUCGGUUGUUGUAGUCUCAAAAUUGACCAUGUCACUCUCGAACCUCCCCGUACUGUCACCUUCGACUUCUUGGGCAAAGAUUCAAUCCGGUUCUUCAAUAAAUUUGAGGUAGACGAAGCCGUCUUCAAAAAUCUCGCCAUCUUCAAGAAAAACAAAGACCAUCCUAGCGACAAGAUCUUUGAUCGACUGACCACAGGCACGUUAAACAAGCAUCUCUCGAGCUACAUGGAAGGACUGACGGCGAAAGUAUUCCGUACGUACAACGCGUCGGUAACGUUUGAAAAAGAGUUGGCGAAGAACAUGCGACUGCUAGAUCCAGGGGCGACUGAGAAGGAGAAGAUCGUGGCUUACAACCAGGCCAAUCGGCAGGUCGCCGUGCUCUGUAACCAUCAGAAGGCCGUCAGCAAGACCCACGGCGCCUCGAUGGAGAAGUGUGUCGACAAGAUUCGGGCGAUCAAGUAUCGCAGACGUCUCGAGAGACUCAGUCUACUUACCCAUGAGCUCGACCGUAAGACUCGCGCGUUGUAUGAGGUCGACGAAUCGGAUAUCGAUGAGGAAUGGAUGGAGAAGCACGAGGAAUCGACCGAGACGAGGAAGCGGGACACUAUUAUCAAAAAGUAUGCUAAGUUGGAAGAAGAGCUGAAUGCGCCCCCGAAGGAGCCAAAGCAAGAAGAGGAAGGGAAGGACAAGAAGCCGACGGCGAUGGAGAAGGCCUUAGAGAAGUACCGGGCGAUGACGGUGGCAGAGCGGCAGGAGCAGAAGGCGGCCGAGCUCGCGUCGUGUGACGGCGUUGCGGAGAAGAUGCGCACCAAGCGGCAGAAGAUCGAGCCUAAGCCCAAGACACCCCAAGACCUCAUCGAGCGCAUCGCCGUCCUCGAUAAGGAGAUCCAGGUGGCUAAGACCCUCCUCAAGGACCGCGAUGACGGCAAGGAAACCAGUCUCGGAACCUCGAAAACUAACUACAUCGACCCUAGACUUACGUUCGCUUGGGCGGGUAAGUAUGGCAUCAAACCUGCUAAAAUCUUCCCUAAAACAUUGCAAGAAAAGUUUACUUGGGCUGAAGAAACACCGGCCGACUGGAAAUUCUAA